UGUGCUCUUGCCCAUUCAAGAGUGGGACAUAUGACCAUGAUGCAGAAGACAUUCUUUGACUUGCCUCUCUUAAUCGGGUUUCUUGGGGUUAUGGGCUGACGAAACUAAUCAAAGCAGGAAUGGGAGUAAGAACCGGGCAUCCCUCAACGAAUGUUUAACAGAGAGCGCAAAAUAAGUUACAUUCAUAUAUAUAUAUAUAUAUAUAUAUAUGAUACGCAACCCAAUUCAAAUCAAAACCUUUUCUUCAGAUCCCCAGCUUCUCUUGAUUCUGUUCGCGACUCUGUCCACGAUCACGGUCAUGGAGUCCUUGCUGUUCAACGCCCGCUGGGUCCUCGACUACCUUCACACCAAUCGGGGUAAGGUCCUGAUCAGGGCCGGAUCAUUUGGAACAAGCCCCAGAAAGCUUGUGCAGAAGGCGAGGUACAUCAGCUACGAUGCCCUGAAGAAGAACAGUAUCCCAUGUAGCCAGAGAGGCCAGUCCUACUACAAUUGCGAGAAACAGGGGGAGGCCAAUCCAUACAAGCGCGGAUGCAGUGUCAUUACGCAUUGCGCGAGAUUUACUGAUUAGAAGCAUCGGUAAAGAACACCUACUAGAUAUUUUUUCGACUUUGAUUGUGAGAAUAUAAGGCAUGCGUGACUGAUGUUAGCAUUGCAUCGUACAUGGUUUGCAUGUAUAUUAUUGUUUGGCACCCUCUCCAUACUGUUAUUGAGUUUAACCAAAUAUUUAAGAGGCCAGUCCAAAGUUGUACAA